AAUCACAAAACUUAAAACACAAGCUAAUCACUUCCUCUUCGAUCUCUCAAACAGAUCCAUUUCUUGUCAUGGCAAUGACCGCGACAGCAGCAGCUCCACCUACUAAAUCUUUCCAGAAACAAGACGAGGAGUGGCGUGCGAUUCUGUCUCCUGAGCAGCAACGAGGCACUGGAGAGUAUACCAAAUUGUUCGAGGAAGGGACUUACUGUUGUUCUGGUUGUGGUACUGCUGUUUACAAAUCCACCACAAAGUUUGAUUCCGGUUGCGGCUGGCCGUCAUUCUUCGACGCCAUUCCCGGUGCUAUUAACCAAACUCCAGAAGUAGGUAAGAAUCGACUGGAGAUAACAUGUUCAGUAUGUGAUGGACAUCUUGGACAUGUUCUCAAAGGAGAAGGUUUCUCUACUCCUACCGACGAGCGUCAUUGCGUUAACAGUGUCUCUCUCAAAUUCUCUUCUACAGAUUCCUCCAAAAAAAUUUAGAGAUUCUAUUAUUAAUGAUCGGACCACUUCAUAUAUUAUAUCUCUCGCAAGAUCACGAAAUCAAUAUUCUUUGAUCCG